AUGCACCAACUAGGCGAGCAACAAGUAGAGAUACCCUUAUUCCGCACCGAAGAGGGACGAUACUUAGCUACAUCUCUGGGCGAUCCUCUCAUCAAAGGGCUAACGGAGGUAGCGAAUAAACGGCCACCGGAUCCAAUCACCUAUCUAGCAAACUACUUGUUCAACUUUGCCAAUCAGAAAACUAAAACGGGACGCAAGGAGUCGGAAAACGAUUCCAACAACAACUUCAUUGAAGGAGCCGUAAAGCAACUGGCAGAGAAGGAGUUGGAAAGUUCGGGCAAGCAACCGAACCAGCCGGAACCGGUCCAAGGUCCAGUCACAACACAACCGAUGGAACCGAACGUUAGGGAUGAAAGUCAACCAUCACCUGAGGAGCCGGAUAUUAUACCGGCACCUUCCGAUGAACGGGUACUGAAUGCGCUUAUUCAACUGAUUGAAGAGUCCGGUAUAAACGUUACUUAUCGCGAUGAGCUGUAUCGUACGGCUAGGGAUGUUGCACUGCAAGCAACUCAACCAGAUAAUGCUAAAGAAAUUGAUCGCUACAUUAUCGGACUGGUGGCAAAAGGACGGUGUGCGUUGCACAUAGCCAUACUGAUGGAAAACGAAGAUAUGGUCGAUUAUUUGGCUACCAAUUUUAAGGGGGCACUCAAGAUUGGAGAUAAUCUGGAGCGCACACCUUUGCACUACGCCAUGGGGGUGAGCAACGUGGAAGCGUUGAGUCGCAUUUUGAUUAAAAAUGGCGCCAAGCGUGUACUCAAGGACUUGAAAGGGCGCCAGCCGAGUUACUAUUUCAUGAACAAGGCAGACAUUUUACGUUUACAGGAGGAGGAAAAAGAAUGA